AUGGUCGAAGAAAACGUCAUCCUUCGGAAGCGCAACACCUUGCGCCUCGGAAGCCUUAUGAGGUGUAACGGAUAUCUGUUCAGACCAACCGGUACACUGACACGAGUCAAAGCUACUUGGAUGCCUUCCAACAGUUCUACGCGUGAUAGAGAGUUCACCGUUGGAUCUGGAACCAAAGCGUUGAACCCAGAGGACGAGAAGGCUCAUGAGAUCCGAGAUGGGAAAAAGAAGGAGCUCGAGAAGCUCGAGUGA